UCAUGAUUUUGCAGAAAAUUUGAAGUCCCAACUGUGAAUCAUUUCCGUUUUUCGCGAUAAUGGUAUCAGUUCUUUCUCUUCCAUCUUCUUCCUCGUAUUUUGUUCAUGACAGGAGUUUCUCCUUUAGCUUCUUCCCCAAGAGGUGUUGCCAAAACAGAGGUUUCCCUGGUAAUUCGAGCUACUGCACAAUUAAGUGCAAAUUAGCUAGGGUCGUGGAUUCUUCCGCUAACCCAGCUACAUUGACAAAGGAAGCUCACAAGUAUUUUGAUCAGGCUAUUAUAACAGUUCGUUCAGGAGAUGGAGGCCAUGGUACAGUUCUUAGCAUGCCUAAUCAACAAACGAGCAAGUCCCAAGGAAGAAAUGGGAAGGAGAAGGAGAAGGCGAAGAAGAAAAGUUUGUACAAAAGGGACUUUGAUGGGUCUCUAAUUCUUCCCAUGGGUGGCCGUGGUGGAGACGUGGUAAUUUAUGCCGAUGAGGGGAAAGACUCGCUGCUGGAGUUUCAUACCAAAAGCCGGUAUAAUGCAAAACGUGGUGGCAAUGUUGAUGCAAUGGGCGUUUUGACCUCCCAAUUGCAUAAUGGAUUUGCUGCCCCUACUCUGCGUAUUCCGGUUCCUAUAGGUACUGUUGUAAAACGUAAAAGAGGAAAAUUGUUGGCUGAUCUGGUUCAUCCAGGCGACGAGAUUCUUGUAGCUAGAGGAGGACAAGGAGGGAUAAGCCUGAUUGAUACACCGGAGAACAGAAAGAAAAAGAUGAUGUCCCUGACCUCCAAUGUCAUGAGAGAUGAAAGUGAUAAGGUCCUGGUAUUUGGUCAACCUGGGGAAGAGGUCAGUUUGGAGUUGAUUCUUCGAGUAGUUGCCGAUGUCGGUCUGGUGGGACUUCCCAAUGCUGGAAAAUCAACACUUCUUGCAGCCAUUACGCUUGCAAAACCUGAUAUUGCAGACUAUCCUUUCACUACUUUAAUUCCAAACCUUGGACGCCUUGAUGGCGAUCCCAGUUUAGGAGCAGGAAUGUAUCAAUCUGAAGCUACUUUAGCUGAUUUACCAGGUCUUAUAGAGGGUGCUCAUUUGGGUAAGGGCCUUGGUCGCAACUUUCUGAGACAUCUGAGAAGGACCCGGCUGUUGGUUCAUGUUGUUGAUGCAGCUGCACAGAACCCUGUCGAUGAUUAUAGGACUGUGAGAGAAGAAUUGCGGAUGUACAAUCCUAAUUAUCUUGGAAGACCAUACGUUGUGGUGCUAAAUAAGAUUGACCUUCCUGAGGCCAAGAAUAGGCUUCCAUCUGUAACUGAAGAAAUCUUGAGAAUUGGAACUGACGAUCGCUAUCCUGAGCAAAUGGGAUCUGAAAACAGUGUACAAUCUUCAGUUCUAGAAGACGAUCUUGCAACAGUUCCGUCUUUGGAAAUUCCAGUUGCUGAUGAAAAGGAUAAAGAGAUUGAAGACUAUCCUCGUCCUCUUUCAGUCGUAGGCGUUAGUGUUCUGAAAGGUAUCAAUAUAAGUUUAAUGUUGAAAGAGAUUCGAGCAGCAUUGAGGAAGUGCAGAGAUUCUGAUGGCAUGUCGAUGAAUUCAGGUGGUUAACUAAAGUCAGAAAAAACUACAGGUUAGAUCAAGAAUAACUGAGCUUCCUCAUAAUACAUGCUAUAUGAAAUUACACUCAAUUUCUUGGUGUUCAAUGAGAAUGUGGCACAUGAUUUCACUUGGGAUAUCAGGUAAUUGGGUGGAAUAUUAACAUUUUUGAAGGCAGCUGCUUGAUAUAUCAUAUAUGAUGUGGUUCAACCCUAGUAGAUAGCAUUGUCUUUUUCUUUACCCCAUAAAAGUGAUACCCUGAUUUAAAGAUUUGUAAGUUCUAAUUUCUUAAAUAUAAAAUAUUAUAUAUAUGUGCGUGUAUAUAUUUGGAGAAAAUAUCUAAUCUAUAUUCUAUUCUAUUUUAUAUAUAAAAGCCCUAAUGUGGAGAAAUGUUCUCUCCAUUAUACUCUUA